AUGGAUCGGGAUGUCGGACCCUUCUGCUACUAUUCCGUGCUUGGGAUCCGCAAGGACGCCUCCUUCUCCGACAUUCGAUCAGCUUACCGCAAGCUCGCCUUGAAAUGGCAUCCGGACAGGUGGGCGAAGAACCCGUCGGCCGCCGGCGAAGCCAAUAGCCGCUUCCAGAAAAUUCACGAGGCCUACGCUGUAUUGUCUGAUAAGGAGAAGAGAUCAAUAUACGAUGCCGGGUUCCUUGAUCUCCUUGAAGAAGACGAGGGAAUGGGAGAUUUCCUUCAUGACCUAAUGAAUAUGAUGGAGCAAAACGCUGGGGCUGAGGAAGAAAGCUUAGAGGACCUGCAAAAAACAUUCAUGGAUUUGUUCGGUGAGGAUCUGGCUAACAUGGUGGAGAGUGACGAUCCAACAGUCACAAAGAGGGCCCGUGACAGUGGGGCCAACGCUCGGGCAACACCAAAAAAGCGCAGCUUUCGCAUCUGA